AUGGUCCUGACAAUCCACCUGGCACACAUGCCACCUGAACUGGCCCUCUAUGUCUCGGUCUACACCGACGUCGAAAAUGCUUCGUUUCUCAAGCAACAACUUCUCGCCGGCAACGCAGAGUUUGAAUACGCCUUCGUCGACGCUAGCAUGAUCCUGUCGACGACACACGUUCUCGCUGCGGCCUUCCGCGCCAUGAACGACUACUUAAACGACCGGUUGAGGUCUCACAAUGUCCACUCUGAGAUUGUAUUCUCCUUGAGUCCAAACAACAAUAUCGGCGAGGCGUUUCGACGGUUCGGCAUCUCCGACUCGACACGCGAUCUUCUAGUUCUCAAGGUCGCGACAACCCCAGCCGUGACACAGGACAGCGUCUCACAGCACCUCUCGACACACGUCCGAGGCAAGGAACUUCCAUUUGACGACGCCACGUUGCGCGGCUUUUCCGACGUCGACAGAGUCCGCAAAGCCUACAAGGUCACCGUCGCUCAGCCGUCAUCGUCCGGCAAAGGUAAAGCGGGCAAGGACGCGGUUGCGAAUGGCACAGUUAUUGACUCGACGUCGACCAACAUUGAGAGACAGGUCCUGGGACUCAUGGCCCUCAGGGGUGCGACUUGA